UAUAUAGUACAUAGUUUUCAUUUUGACUUUGGUUACGGAGCGCAUUAGCAGACACAAUAAAUUAGGAAGAAGGAAAAAACAACAACAGACACACAAUAGCUGAAAACUGCAGGACAGAAAUCUGUUGACUUCUUGAUCUUGUAUCGCAUUCCUGUCUGGGUUUGGUAGAUUACCGUCACGCUACAAUACACCGCCAGACCGCUAGAGGCGCUGACGUGCGCCAUGACGUCACGGCGCGCCAAGUUACAAUCCGGUGAGAAACUGACGCACGGCCAAGAUGACUACAAGAGGGGUUUAAUGUUUUAUAAAGAUGGAGAGUGAGGUGAGUCUGGUCGCGGGUCGCAGUCAGAGAGAGAAGAGAAGAUCUUACAAAGAUUUGCUAAGAGAAGAAGAAAUCAUUGAUGCAGAGGUCAGGAAGUCCUCGAAGAAACAACUGAAGGACUCUCACGGCUUUUACACAAGCAGCGAGAUUCACAAGAAGAAAACCAAACAUGAAGAACAUUUUUACAAAGACCACAGCUCUGGAUCUCACCACAAAAAGCAGAAACGGUCUUCAGAGAGUCACCGGUCGCACUUGUUGUCUCCUGACCCGUCGGGUUCUCCUCAGACGACCAUGACAGCCAUGGGUCUCCUGCAGGCCAUCACCUCCCCAACAGCCGUGGGCUCCGAAGCGCCGCGUCCCUCCUUCUCCCCAUCGAAGGAGCGCAGGAAAGACGUCUCCUCAUCCAGGAAACAGCCGCAGGUGGUGCCCGUGGUGGGCGAGGAGGUGGAGUUGGAAGGUCAUUACGGUGGAUUAGGUCACGAUGUUGCGGCCGACAGCAGCGGAUCAUCGUCCGCCGACGGCAGCGGGAAACUUACGAUCCACGAAUCUUUAUCUCAUAAUAAGAAGAAAAAGAAAAGCAAGAAGAGUAAGAAAAAGAAGGACAAACAUCGUGAGAAAAAACACAGCAGUAAAACAGCAGCGGCAGCCAAUGGCAGCACAGAAUGGAGUGCACACAGUGGGGGUCAUCACAGGCGUGAGGAGAAGAAGAAGAAGAAGAGAGAGGAAGGAGGCAAACGCAAGAGCAAAGACAAGAAAAAGAAAGUUUUGACUGCGUAUCAGAUCUUUUAUAAGGAGUACAGAAACAGCAUUCUGGAGGAGGAGCCGGGACUCGACUUCGGAGAAUUGAGUAAGCGGCUGGCUGAUGCCUGGAAGCAGCUUCCAGAGGGAGACAAACAGGUGUGGCGAGAGAGAUCAGAGUAUCUUCAGCGGAAACAGAUGAAAUCGGACGCCAUCAAACACGUCAAACAACAUCAAACGUCUCGACAGCCGAAAGACGGCGGCAAGCCUAAAGAAGGAGUCAGUGUUCAGAAGAGACAGGAAACGGCAGUCGCUUCGCUCCAGAACGGAUCGGCGUUGCUACCUGCAAACACGCCGACGCUUUCCUCUCUCAGAGACCCUGAUGUGGAUCCCAUCGAUGCUGCCGCUCACCUGCACCUGUUGGGCGAAUCGCUGUCUCUGAUUGGCCGUAGACUACAGGAGACGGAGGGGAUGGUGACAGUAUCUGGUUCUCUGUCGGUUCUCUUGGACUCGGUUCUCUGUGCUUUGGGUCCUUUGGUCUGUCUGACCACACAGGUUUCAGAGCUCAACGGAUGUCCGCAUCAUCUGCUGUCAAACACUCUAGAUAACAUUGCCUACGUGAUGCCGGGUUUAUAACCGAUCGGUCCUGAUGGUGCUGCUCUACUGGCCGAUAUGAAAUCAUCCCUACAUCAAGAAAAGACUCAAAUGCAGUUUUGCACUGGACAAAUCCACAGACACUUCAACUUUUAAUCUGCUUCUUAAACAAACAACGCUCCAUUUUUAGCUUUGUCUUUGAUUUUAUAUUUCUGUUGUGUUUUCCUUCAAUAAAGCUGAUUUUAAUAUUCUCUUUUAA